AUGAGAACAUGUGUACCAGUGUUGCAUGCAUCGCCGGUGGCGUCGAAGGAGAUUGCGGACCGCUUCGCAGCAUUCGCAUUGGGCUGCUUGGGCUCGUCUACGCCAAGCAAAGCUGGCAGCCAACUUGGCAUCAUGGGAAAUGUGUCGGAGGUGGAGCUACGAGAAGUGCUAUCCCAUCUCGAGGCUUUAGCAAAGCAGCGGGCCGCGAAGCAGGCUGGCUAUCCGGGCGAGAACGAAUCGUCGCCGAGCCGUCGCGCAUCUCUGGUGUGCCCUUCCGCCGACUUCAAGCGGGCCCUCAGCGAGGCAUGUGGCGUGGACGCGGAUUGCAUCCACCUGUUGCUGCCUCAAGACGCUGCUGGGAAGGUCGACCUGAUGGGGAUUUUCAGGAUGAGCUCCCAGACUUCAGUGCCUGUACUUGGGGACGAAGCUCACUGUCGAGAGUACGUGGAUCAUGCAAAGGACCUGCCCGCCACGUGCGCAGACUGGCAAGCAGCGUGUCAUUUGGAGGAAGAGGUGAAGGAAAGUUCCUGGUCCGAGGAUACAGGCCGAAUCAACAAGCUUCGGGCUGCAAUCGCUCAUGGAGAUGGAAGCCAUGAAACCCGCGAGGUCUCCUCCGACUUGCUGGUCGCGGUCUCUCGCCGCUGUGGGUUGCGGCCCCAGUGUAUAGUGCGAAAAAUUUCACACAGAUGCAACGUGGGAAAGAUUGAUAGGGACCUAUAG